UCUGAAGGUAGGAGGUUUUUCCGCCGGUCAUUGUAGCUACCCGGACACAUUUCUCCAAACACAACAACAGUGAUUGUAUUACUAUGACACAAACGUUGAAUCUUGAAGAAUACAUAGAUCAAACGGCUUGAAACGAAUGUUUAGACUUUUAAGCUUUAGAUGAGCGAUAAAAGGCAGCGAGCGAGAGUCCAGGGCUCCUGGGCCAAACCUGUUCAGAAACCACAGCGGCCAUCUGUUCAAGAUGUCCAAUCAGCAUCAGCAUCAGGAUCAUGGAAAUCUGGACCACAAUCUUUUGAGUUCCACCAGCCAGCUGACCCCAUCAGAAAGGUUCCUGCAGAGAAAGUGAUUGAAAAUGCUGGUGACUAUGAGAUUAGUCAGGGGCCUUCUGGAGUAUCCCGACUGCGACUUAUACCGGGGUUUCUGCUGCAGGAGGAGGCCGACUGGAUGUUUAGCAAAUUACUUGCUGAACUACCCUGGUCACAAAAGACUAACUAUAGGAUGAUGGGGGAUGCAUAUGAGGAGCCCAGGCUGACCUGUUGGUAUGGAGAGCUGCCAUAUACAUAUUCACGAUCCACUAUGGAAGCAAACGCUCAGUGGCAUCCUGUUCUCGCUACUCUGCGUUUGGCUGUUGAGCAGAAAAGUGCUCACAAGUUUAACUCAUUGCUGUGUAAUCUGUAUCGGGAUGGUAAAGACAGCAUUGGUUGGCACAGUGACAGCGAGCCGUCUUUAGGACCCCAGCCCAUCAUCGCCUCUCUGAGUCUGGGAGAUACUAGAGUGUUCAGCCUUCGAAAGCAGCCGCUUCCUGAAGAUAAAGGAGAUUUCACCUAUGUGGAGCGCAUACGCGUCCCGCUGGCCCAUGGCACACUACUGCUGAUGGAGGGCUGCACGCAGGCGGACUGGCAGCACCAGGUGGCAAAGGAGUACCAUGACCGUGGGCCACGAAUAAACCUCACUUUCCGCACCAUAUAUCCAGAACCACAGCGUAGCGGUGGGAGAUUUGUGACAUAAUCGCUGAGAGAAGAAAUCAGAAGAGAGCUGCACGUAUUUUCUUCUCUCCUUCCCCUCCCUCGCUCUCUCCGGCUGGCAUUUAUUUCAAGGAUCUGAUUCGGGGGGACUGGAAUGACAGCCGGAACCGUGACUGUUCACAGUGGGUGGGCGGAGCCAGAGCCGAGUGGGGAGGGUGAAACGGUAUAAAAGCCCAAGCUGGUUCAUCCCUGUCACUUGCACGCUCUGAACGCACAGAAAUACAAGACAGAAGGAACCAAGAAACACUGCUUCUAGAGCUCGAUAGAGUCUGUCAAGAAGAACAAGGUUGAUCUGGAGAAUAGCAAAACCUCUCAGAAUCCAACCACCCAAGUCUUGGCAUCCAGACAGAUGGCUGCACGCCCAAUGGAGACAGUGGGUUUCGCUGUUCUACCAGCACACAUCUUGGCAUCGGCCAUGGAGGAGUUUCCUCAGCAGCUCCCCGUCCCCAAGUGCCUCGCUCGGGGUCGAAACCGUCCAAGGCGGCCUAGAGAUGCCCGCUUCAAAACCCAGCCGGUCACUUUUGCAGAGAUAGCAGAAGUGGAGGAGGAAGGAGCUUCGCCUCUGGAGGAAGAAAGAGCGAGACGGUCCUUCCUUCAGUCGCUGGAGAGUCUGAGGAGAAGCACACAGACCUUACAGCAUGCAGGAUCCACACAGAGCUGCCGCACUACUUCUGCACAAGCCAGUCUGGACUCCAGUGACUCAGAUUCAACACCCUGAGAGCCAAAAGGAGGAGGACGGGACUGUAAUUCAAUGUAUUUCGCACAUAUCUUCCUGUUAAAUUCCUCAUUCACAUUCAUUAACCUGUUGUAGUUGCCUAUUCUACAUGGGCAGAGUAACACUUGUGCUCUUCUUUUGCAAGAGGAGAGUUGUAGCAUGCUGGAGGAUUUCAGAAACUGCUUACUUUAAUGCUUGCGCAAAUUCCUUUCGUUUUUCAGUAUCGUAUGAGACUCGAGGUCUCAUUUAUAACAAACUUGACAAGAAAAUGAGGACGUACUGGGUCUGAUUCCAUUUUAAUAUCUCUUGUGCCUGCUUAUGAUUGCACAGACGAAUAGGUUUUCCACUGCUGGGCAGAAUGUAUAAUAUGUAUAAUGUCAUAUUUUAUUGUAAUUCAGUGCUGAGCUCAUGAGCUCUGAUGCAUAGCAGUGUAUUUUUACAGACAAGGUUUUAAACCCUGAUGUCCAAAUCUGCCAGACUGCUGAAUUUACUAAUGAACUCAGUGAUGAGGAGCAAAUUAUUGUGCUUUUACAAAUGUAUCUUAUAUUUAUUUUGAUAUAACAUAGUGAUUUUAGAGGAUUGCUCUGUUGACACUGUGGACUUGUAAAGUCACUAUCACUGUAUGUCCGAAAAUAAGGCUUUAUACUUCGAUUUGACUUUAAUAUCUUUGUUAAUGUUUCAUACUUUCUUUUGUAGUUAUUAAAAUAAAGUUUAUAACGUAGGA